AUGGGGCUCUCGAAACUCGUUUCAUACCACUCUUCUUCUCAUAAGCCUGUAACUAGCGGGUCUGAUUCGCACCUCUCCUCGGCAGACCGACCUAUAGAGUUAUCACUAGAGAUCGAAUCGCCGCCAUGUGUUUUAUACGGUUCGCCCACAGAAUCUAGUGGAUGUCUACUGAGUGGACUGUUGACUCUUAACAUCAAGGACCCCUAUGAAACGGAACAGAAAGCGGAUUUGUUGACCCCGGUGGUUAGCAAGGAGUCUAAGAGGAAAAGCACUUUGCAGUCUACUUUGAGCACAACGUUUUCGCACCUGUCUAUAAACUCUCCUACUGUGUCACCGGUUCAGUCCUCGACUAAUCUAAAAAUCAUGGGAGGAUACACAAAAGUUACUAUUACAAAAGUUUCGUUAACCCUUGUUCAAAAGGUGCAGUACGGUAAGCCUUUUUUGCCAGAUUUGCCUUCCGUACAGGCAUGUAUGAAUUGCAAAUGCAUGACUAAGGAUAUGAAAAGCUGGGAUAUUGAAAAUGCAUCCACUGAUCUGAAUGUUGGAAAGCACUCUUUCCCAUUUUCUUAUUUGAUUCCUGGCAAUACCCCUGCAACAGCCUUUUUAGGUUCGAAUUCAGGAACACAUAUAGAGUAUGAGUUGGUAGCUGUCGCAACUUACAAGGACCCUAGGCGUGGAUGCAGCUCUCACUUGAAAGAUCAGUUAUUACAGUUGUCAAUGCCUAUUCGUAUCACAAGAAGUACUCCACGAACUCCUGAUAAAACUUCUCUGAGAGUAUUUCCACCAACCGAACUAACAGCUACUGCAGUACUACCGAAUGUCAUUUACCCAAAAUCAACAUUUCCAUUGGAGAUGAAGAUCGAUGGUAUUUCUUCUGUUGAUAGGAGGUGGCGAAUGCGGAAACUGGGAUGGAGAAUUGAAGAAGUCACACGUGUUAGAUCUCAUGUUUGCGACAUGCACAUUCAUGAAUUAAAAAAUUUAGAAAAGACCGUUGAGGCAAAAGAGGCAAAAUCCUCUAAGAAGUCAACUAGGGCCAAAGGAUACGGAGAUGCUGGACCUCUAGUCAGAUUAUCUGUUACUUCCGCUGAGAAUAAUCCCCUACGACAGUUGAGCAGUAAUCCAGAACGAAAUGCUGCAUCACAGGCUCAGGAGGACACUGAAAAUGAUCCUAAUGAAGAUGACAACGAUUUUAUUCAUCCCAGUGACUAUGCAUUACGACAGGAGAUACAAACACAGCAGCAGCAUCUGAUGCAACGGCAAAUUGAUGAGGAGCUAAAGAAUACCAUCAAGCUUUUUACAGAGGAAAAUCGAAUAAUCGCACGAGGAGAAAUGAAAAGUCGAUGGAAAAGUGAUUUUGAUAACCAUGGGCAAGUUGAAUUGAUCACUGAUAUUGAUUGUAUGUCCUUGAAUUCCGGUGUUACGAAUCCUCUCACUCGAGCAACUACGGAAACUCCUCCUUUAGACGCAAUAAAGCAAAACAUUAAUGUCGCAUGCGACAUACAGGAUCCAACUCUUGGAAUUUACGUUACUCACAUUUUGGUAGUUGAAGUGGUGGUUGCAGAGGAAUCCCUGCAAUAUGCAAAUGGUCAACCCAUAAAAAAGACAUCUGGAUCAUCAACUGAACAUUCCAGCGGUAAAUCUGGCAGUAGCUCUCCUGUUCAGUCUGGUGUGGACCAGAGAUUGGCAGAGCUUUCUCCAAUGUUAGCCAAUAGGAAUACUGCUAGAGUAAGACCAGCAUUUUCUGACGAUUUGACUCCUACAAAUUCAAGAAGCAGUGCAAAAUCGAAUGGCAGUGGUAAACAACUAAGUGGCAACCGGGGUUCAAGGAUAAUCAGUGUCCCUACAGGCUCAGCCAGAGUUCUAAGAAUGCAAUUUAGAUUAAAUUUCACAGAGAGAUCUGGACUAGGUAUUUCGUGGGAUGAAGAAGUUCCUCCUAUCUAUCAAGAUGUCCAACUUCUUUCACCACCAAGUUAUGAGAACAGCAUAACGAAAACUUCUAUAUCGGCUAUUUCUCUACCGGAAUAUGGAAGUUCAGCGGAGCAACACCAAGAUAAUUACGCCACAAUAUCAUCUCAGAUCAUCCCUCCACCAGCUGCGCAUUACCACAAUUCUUCUUCUUCUUUGCGGGGGCUUACUGCUGUACAUUCACCUACCUUAGACAGUGUGAUAAGUAUUCAAGGGAAUGUGCCUUACCAUGAUAACGUUUUGACACCUCAUGCGACAAGAGAUAUAGGAAUCAGAAGUGUUUCUGAGUUGCUCGAUACCGAUAGGAUUACUCAGUGA